AUGGGGGAGAGCGAGUACCGGUGCUGGGAGGAGCUUCUGCCGGACGCGCUGGGGCUCGUCUUCCGCAACCUGCCGCUGCAGGAGGUGCUGACGGUGGUGCCGCGGGUGUGCAAGUCCUGGGGGCGCGUCGUGGCCGGGCCCUACUGCUGGCAGGAGAUCGACAUCGAGGAGUGGAGCCAGCAGCGGCACAGCCGCCCGGACCACCUCGUCCGCAUGCUCGACCUGCUCCUCCGCCGCAGUUCCGGCGCCUGCCGCCGCAUCUGCGUCUCCGGCCUCCCCUGCGACCCGCUCUUCUCCUUCAUCGGCGACCACGCGCGCGCUCUGAGGACGCUGGAGAUCCCGCGGAGCGAGAUCAGCGACGCCGUGGUGGAGGCGGUGGCGCCGGGGCUGCCCAACCUCACGUUCCUGGACGUCAGCAGCUGCACCAAGAUCGGCGCGCGCGCGCUGGAGGCGUUCGGCCGCCACUGCCGGUCCCUGGCGGCGCUCCGGCGCGUGAUGCACCCGAUCGACGUGGCCGGGCGCAACGCGUGCGGGCAGCACGACGAGGCCCGCGCCAUCGCGCGCACCAUGCCGGCGCUCCGCCACCUGGAGGUUGGCUACAUGCUGGUCACCACGGAGGCCAUCCUGGAGGUGCUCUCCCGGUGCCGGGGCCUGGAGUUCGUCGACCUGCGCGGCUGCUGGGCCGUCGACGAGGCGCUGCUGCGGGAGCGCCACCCGCGGCUCAGCGUCCUCGGCCCGGGCGUCGACGACUGCUUCGAGAACAGCUACUGGGAGGAGUGCUCCGACGACGACGACGACGACUCUGACGACGACGACGACGUCUACUCGUGGGAGCUCAUGGACGACGACGAGUACUACGGCGUGGUCGGCAGCGACGACGACGACGAGGCGGUGUGGGGCGACGGGCCGGGCCUCGUGGAGAACCUCGAGGUGCGGUUCUACGGCGGCGGCUUCAGCGAGAGCUACGCCGGCUUCGACUGGCCAGCGUCGCCGUGA